GGAUGACCUCUAAAGCACGUACUGAUAAAGGGCUAUUACCUGUAUCUCGGUGCCAGGAAUUGAAAAAUUAAGUGUAAAAUAUUUGAAUUUUUUUUGUGUUUCGAAAACACAUUUAUUAAGUUUCGAAAUGCAAUCCAGUUUUGUUUUCAGAAGAAUUUUACCUUCUGCUGUUCGACAAUGCAAACGAGGAAUGGCAGGACAUGCACCAACCCACUAUAAGCCUCCAUCUAUGAAUGAUCUCCCAGUUCCUUCAGGAUCUUGGCAAGAAGUAUAUAAUAAGAAACAAACCAAAUACAACAUCCAACUUCUGCUGGGAACAGGAUUUUUUAUUGGAUCAGUAGCUUAUGCUAUGAUGAGUGGUGAUAUUGACUUUAAUUUGGCUCCACCAAUGAAGAAUUAGAUACAGAAGUAGAAAGGGAAAAUAAAACAAACUCCUUUGCUGUUAGAAUUUAAAGUACAUUUGGAAUAUUAUAAAAAUAAAACCUUAAGUUAAUAUAUUUGGCAGUCAGUAUGUACCACUUCGUAAGUUGUACAUAGUGUUCCAGUCUGCAUAUAGUGUAAAACAUGUUUGUAGAACAGCAUUCUAAUUUUCAAUAAACAUUGGUAUGGAUGGUGGUAGAAUCUGUGCUCACUUUCCA